AUGCCUUUUGUCAAGAUUGACGUCAUCAAGGGACGCAGAAGUCCCGAACAACUAAGGAAGCUGGGAGAUGUGAUCCAGAAAGUCCUAAUCGAUACGUUUAACUCUCCAGAGAGAGAUAGGUACCAGAUCUUCAGCCAGCAUGAGCCAUGGGAAGUUAUCUGUUGGGAUACUGGUCUUGGUUUUGAACGUACAGAUGAUCUUGUCAGCAUCCAAAUUUUUGCGCAAGGAAGAAAUCGCGAUCAGAAGAUGGCCAUGUAUACAGCUUUUGGGGAAAGGCUGGAGAAGGAGUGUGGGUUAAAGGGCAAUGAUUUGCUCAUCUCUGUUACGCCCAACACCAAGGAAGAUUGGAGCUUCGGCUACGGACGGGCACAAUUUCUUACUGGAGAACUCUAG